AUGAAUUCUUUUCUAAAAUAUGAUGGAAACAUUCAUCCAGAUGAAUGGAUAAAUGAUAUAAAAAAAUAUUAUAAUAUGUGGGAAAAUAAUUAUGGAGGAUUUUUAAAUACUGCCAAAUCAUUAAUUAAUCCUACCAUUAAACUUCCAACCGAAAUUAAUGACCUCGAAAAACUUCGUGAUGUACUUAAAAAAGAUAUUUCUUUUACAGUGUUUAAAAAUUCAAAUAAAAGAAAAUUACAAUCAUUAAAAUAUAAAUAUGAAAGAGAUGGUGGUGAUACUUUGAAAUUUUUUACAGAAUUUCGUAAUCUUUGUUAUAAUUCUGAAACUAAUGAUAUUGAAGAACAAAAGAAAUAUUUUUUUAAGUCUCUUAAUGAUUAUUCCUAUUUUUUAACCGAAUUUUGUAAAAGAAUGGAAAAUAUUAAUUCAAUGGAUGAAUUAAUUAAAGAAUUUGAAGAAAUUGUUAUGAAUGAAUCAAAUAUAAUUAGAUAUGGAUCUACUGUUGCAUUAAAACACGUUGCUACAGGAAAAUAUUUAACUUCCAUUGGAAAUUUAUGUUAUACAACCGGAAGUAAGAAACAAUUAAUUUAUGCAAGCGACUCAGAAUUUAAUCCGAAUGUUUUAUGGAAAAUGAUUAAAAAUCAAUCUCCUGAUAACAAUUACUCUUGUACCAAAACUGAUGUAAUGUUACAGCAUGAAAUUUCUGACAAUUCACUUGGAAUUUCUUAUUAUUAUAAUUCACAUUGUAGAUAUCCACAAUAUCCAUAUUAUCGAUAUGAAUACCACAAAUCUCCAUCAAGCAAUCAUACAGAAGUAAGUUGUGGUGGAGAUGAUUAUAUAUGGAAUUUCAAACACAGUAAAUUAGAAAAUUAUGAAGGAUAUUUAAAAUCAAAUGAUAUUGUUAAUCUUAGUAUUAAGAAAUCACACAAUAUUAAUGGUCGUAUUCAAGAUGGUCAAGUUGAAUUUUUACGUAGUCAUGAUGUUCAAUUUACUAUUGGAAAUGAUACUUUUCAAGAAGUUGUUUGUCAUAAUGAAAGAUUAGGAGGAAUUGAUGAGUGGUGCAUUGAACUUAUUAGACAGGCUUAA